AUGGAGACAACACAGAAAUUGGAGCAGAAAGUUGAUAAAAGUGUUAGUGCCGAAGAAAAAGUUACUGAAACAGAUAAACCAUCCGAAACUCCUAAUACAAAUGAGUCUGUUCUUGAAACUAGUGAUGUAUUAUUGGAUUCCAGUAAAUCAGUGAAAUCCGUUUCAAAAAUAAAAAAUAGUCCCACAUCAAGCAGUGAAAUCUCUUCUACCAACAGUGUAAAUGUAGGACAUGUAUCACGCUCUGGUCGUAAAAUCAAACCAAAAAAAUAUUCUGAUUAUGAAAAUGAAUCAGAGACGCCAAAACGUUCAAGAUUAAGCAAAGAAAAUUCCAAAAAUUCAGAAAAGCAUAAUACUAGCAACAAUGAAACAGAUUCAUCAGAACAAAGUUUUAAAACAAAAGAUGCAAAUUCAGAAGCGAAAAAGCCAUCUAGAAGUAAUGCUUCAGCAUCAUCAAUACCACAUAUAAACCUUAUACCAGAAGACAAAGAAUUAGAGGAAAUAAAUAAUGAAGUCUCUGAAAAUGAUGAACUUCCAGUGGUAAUAAAAGAUAUCAUGGUUGGUGCUUUGUCAAAUAUAGAAACUGGUUGGGUAAAAGCUGGUCCCAAAAAAAUAUCUAAAAUUGAUUUAUUACAUACUGAAGUUGAUCUGCUAGAUUAUAUUCAUAAAUUACGUAUGGCUUUAAGAACUGAUCGUGCUGAUUAUGAAGUAGCAUUAGAAUUAUUGGAGAACAUUGUUGAACUGAAAAUUAAUGCCUUAAUGUUAAAAAAACAUCAAGAAAUUGUGGAAACAAUUAAACAAGUGACAAGGUAUACUGGUAAUGCCAAAGAAUGGAAUCUUAACGAAGAGGAAACUAUUUUACAUAAUGAAAAGUCAACCAAAAUUCGACGCAAGGCUGAAAUAAUAUUUAAUAAAUUUAUUUCCUUAUUCACUGUAUCUGAUGGGCAAUCGUUUGAGGAGAUAUUUAACAAAGAAGUUGAAGACUUUUUUACAAAGACUAAACAUUUGGCUUGUGAUCAGAUUUAUGGAAUUACUUCAGAUAAGGAUUAUAAUUAAUUUUUCUUACUAUUAAGAAAUUAAUUAAAACAACCAACAUUUUUUUUUAUCUUUACAAAACAA